UAUUGGCUGAUUAAAAGACCUUUCGUAACAGAACACUCAUCACGUCUUCCUAUAUUUUGAGAGGCCCCGAAUCCAUCUCAGCAUUUGAACGUCAUCCUUUCAAAAAGACAGAAUCAUGUUGCACGCACUGUUCUUCAUUGCUGUCGUCGCCUCAGUAUCAGGGGCACCUAAUGGAGGAGCAGGACGAAUUGCAGGUGGUAGUCAGGCAGUAUCAGGUCAAUUUCCUUACGUCGUUUCGAUAUCUCGCAACGACCUGCACAUUUGCGGUGGAUUCAUUUACAACGACCGAUGGGUCGUGACUGCCGCAUCUUGCAUUAUUGAUGUAGUCAUGGAUGAUGUGUUGGUUAAAAUCGGUGCGUUGUCUCUCAUCACACCUGAACCGGAGGAGCAAAUCAUCAGCGUGUUAUCCAACGUAACCUUCGACUUGUAUAAUCGUGAAACUAAACUGCACGACAUUGCGCUCAUCGAACUUUCACGACCGAUUGUGUUCAGCACGACAGCCGCCGCCAUCCGCUACGAUGAAAUCGAUGAACUUGCCCAACCAUGGGAUGGAAUGAUCGUUGGAUGGGGAGCCGUUAAUCAAGGAGGAACUUCAGCUACGAGGCUGCGUUACGCUCCCAUUGAUGAUCUGGCAGCUGAUUGUCGUGAUUACGGUAUUGACGAAUACGUCCAGAAUUUCAUGAUUUGCGCUGGCUCCACAACAGGAACGAUUGCACCUUGCGAAUAUGACGAGGGAUCACCGUUGACCCAAGUAGCUAAUUAUGGUGGAGUUCAAGAAACAAUUGUUGUUGGCAUCAUGUCGAAGAACCUCGGCUGUGGAAAUCCGAGUAUUCCAAGCAUUUACACACGUUUGGCCACCUAUUAUUCGUGGCUUCUACAGAAUGCGGGACAACAGCCUGCUUUUCUUUAAACAUGUUUAAUUAACCCCAGUGAACAUGUCAGAUGAAUGCGCAUCACUAACGUGAACAAUACAAAGGCUUCCUUAUAA